GCCGACGGAGGGGCGCGGGCGGCCAGCCGCGCAGCAGGCGCCGCCAUGAACGCGGCGGUGGUGCGGCGGACGCAGGAGGCGCUGGGCAAGGUGAUCCGGAGGCCGCCGCUGACGGAGAAGCUGCUGAACAAGCCCCCGUUCCGCUACCUGCACGACAUCAUCACCGAGGUGAUUAGGAUGACUGGCUUCAUGAAGGGCCUUUACACAGAUGCCGAGAUGAAGUCAGACAAUGUCAAGGAUAAAGAUGCAAAAAUUAGCUUCUUACAGAAGGCCAUAGACGUGGUUGUGAUGGUUUCAGGAGAGCCCUUGUCAGUCAAACCAGCCCGCAUUGUGAUGGGAAUUGAGCCUGAAAGAACAAAUGAACUGCUUCAGACAAUUGGAAAGUGCUGUCUCAACAAGCUGUCUAGUGACGAUGCAGUGAAGAGGGUUUUAGCUGGAGAAAAGGCGGACAUGAGAGGAAGAGCCCCAAGGGCCUCUAAGUCUCAGGAGCCGGACAAUAAGAAUGUGAAGGAGGAAGAGUCCAGAGCGCAUAAAGAGGAUAAAAGAAACUCUGAAAUGAAGGAUGGAAGUACAAGCAGAGAGGGAAAACAUAAGGAAGAACUGAAAGAAGAAAGCAAAUCCAGGGAGAAGGAUAGGGACAAGGAGAAGAGCAAGGAGAACGGCAGAGACCGACAUGAGGAUCCCGACAAGGACAAAUACCGAGAAGGGGAGAGAGAGAAAAGCAGAAACAGGGCCAAGCAGGACAGAGACAGGGACAAAGACCGAGGGCACAAGGAUCGGGACCGCGAUGCAGACCGGGAGAAAGAGAGAGAGAGGAGGAGUGAGGGAGGGAAAGAAAAAGAGAGGUUGAAAGACAGGGACCGAGAACGUGACCGGGACAAGGGAAAAGACCGGGAGCGACGGAGAGUGAAAAACGGGGAGCACGCCAAGGACCACGAGCGUGACAAGAACAGAGAACAGGACAAACUGGAGAAAAAGUCAACAACAUCAGCAGAGGUGUCUAAAAAGUUGUCAGAUGCUUCUUUAAAAGACUGCAAAGCAGAAAUAGAGGUUGAAAUUUCCACCAGUACAGGGAAGUUGUCAAAAAACGCAAAACGGCGACCCAAAAAUGCUGUGGAAGCUAAGAAGGAACUUCCACUUUCAGCUAAAAUUUUAGACUCCACAGUGUGUGGAUUUAGUAAUGAACCAGAUCAGGAAACUACAGCUUCAGAAAUGGGUAAGAAAAAUGAGUUCUUUAUAGCUAAUACUAACUGGACUAGUAUUUCAGAUGAUAAUUCAACCAGUCGGUGGCGUGAGAGCAGUGAGGCAGCCCCGGCAGUAAAGCAGACAGGUGACUCCACCAGCGAUGCAGAUGGAGAAGCUGGACCUGCUUUACAAGAGAAGUCAGAGGUGUCAGAGACUGCUGAAAUCCCCAGUGAGCUUUCCUCCAGUGUCAGAAGAAUACCUCGGCCUGGGAGUGCACGGCCUGCACCUCCCCGGGUUAAACGACAGGAGAGCAUGGAGACACUGCCAACAGACAGGUCAGGGAGUGGCAAAACCGUCUCAAAUGUCAUAAUAGACUCACAGAAUUCUGACAAUGAAGAUGACGAGCAGUUUGUGGUAGAAGCUGCCCCUCAGCUCUCAGAAAUGUCAGAAAUUGAAAUGGGGUCAGCAAUGGAACUAGAGGACAAUGAGAAACAUGGUGGCCUUGUGAAAAAAAUUCUGGAGACCAAGAAAGAUUAUGAGAAAUUGCAGCAGGCGUGCAAGUCUGGCGAGAAGGAGAAAUCGCUUGUCUUUGAAUCUGCGUGGAAGAAGGAGAAAGACAUUGUUUCUAAGGAGAUAGAGAAGCUGCGCAUGUCUAUCCAGACCCUAUGCAAAAGUGCCCUUCCCCUGGGCAAGAUCAUGGACUACAUCCAGGAGGACGUGGAUGCCAUGCAGAAUGAGCUGCAGCUGUGGCGCAGCGAGAACAAGCAGCAUGCCGAGGCCCUACAGAAGGAGCAGAGGAUCACAGACUGUGCCGUGGAGCCCCUGAAGGUCGAGCUGGCCGAGCUUGAGCAACAGAUUAAAGACCAGCAGGACAAGAUCUGUGCAGUAAAGGCCAACAUCCUGAGGAAUGAGGAGAAAAUCCAGAAGAUGGUCUAUAGCAUCAAUUUGACCUCUCGAAGGUGAACACUUGCUUGUGAAGGAGAAGUCAUCCCUGUGUAGGAGUACAGAGGAGGAUAGGAAGUUAGACCUCUAGCUCCCAGUGUGCUAAGAAAACAGACUGUUCUCAGUGCCACUCCUCAUCCAGCUAAGUUCCAGAGCUUCAAAACGAAGGCAAAUUAAGUGAAUUAAAACUGUUUUCUUACCUCUUUCCAGCUGGAAUACUUGCUAGUUAUAAAUAGCUCUUCAAAAUGCCUUUGUGAGUCUGGUUUUUGCAACCUCUUGUCUGUGUUUCUGCUGCAGCCUGUUUAGCUCUGUGCCAGACUUUGCCAGCAGGUAAGUGAUGUACACCCAGCAAGGAAACAGCAGCCCUUUGUUUCCAGUCUGCUGAAAGGACUUCGUACCUCAGCACAGAACGAAGAAUGGCUGUGUGCUUUCUGAUAGGUACUUUAUAAAUACAAUAUGACCUAAGAAUUAUUACAUUUUACUUUGAUUUUCCAUUUGAAAAGGGUUAAUUUCAGCCUGUAUCCUCAUGAGGAACAUAAGAACUGUUAAGGGUUCUUCUCCCCUCCUUCCUUUAUAAUUGAAUCUACUUGUAUAUGUAGUUACCUCAUUGGCCCCUGUUACCAUACGCUUGCCUUUCUAGCACUUGUCAUUGGCAAACUGAUUGACAAACUGACGAUGGGCAGCAUCUGACAUGUAAGCACAUCCUCGCUUUCUUCAGCAGCUGCCUGUGCUGUCUGCAGACAGCUCCUGACAGAGCCCCUGGAGGGGUUCUGUAGAAGACAGUGGCUUUGGUCCUCUUCCUUUUGCACAGAUGUGUGUACCUGAGACCCAGAACUUAGUAGAAACCACAUAAGGAGGAGCUAAGAGGAUGAUCUGAUUCAUUUUUUUAUGUAACUUACUUUUUAUUAAAUGGUAUUUUUUAGUGAAACAUCUAAUUUUCACUUACAUAUAAUACUGUUGUAAAUACUUGUCAGGUUUUACAUUAUUGUAUGAAGGGUGUCAUUGUUGAGAGACAUGUGGAUCUAGGUUCUAAUCCUUGUGUUUCUGAAUUUCAUCUUUAUUCUGUGGCCUGGGGCCAUGUUAAGCUAAUUGCCUGAGAAGGUUUUGUUUCUUUGCAGAUCAGCACAGAUGGCUUGGUUGCGUUUUGUUAGUGCAUUUGCAGAAUGAAUCCUUAGUAAGGUGGUGACGGGGCUUCCAAAGCUGGGCAGUUUGGAUGUGCCAUUCCUAAAUGUGCAGGCUUCUCCCUCCGCAAGAGCAUGUGAAGUUCUGUGGGGUCUGUUUGGGGGAGAACGGCUGUUAUUAACCAGCCCUUAGUUAUAUUGGAAAUCUCUUCUCUACUCUGUGGAUGACUUUACCACAACCCUGUGUAGACUCUUCUGAUAAAUGUCCUUUAUGAAUUGGAAUUUAUAAAUAGAAUUUUUGUGUUGCAAAAAAUUAUAUACAUUGUAUGAGAGUAAAAUUUUGUAUGAAUAGUCUACUAAAUUGUAUGAUAAAGUUUAUUUUUCUUUUAUAUAUGUCAUUAAAAUAAUCAGCUAUUUUUUCUAAAA